AUGGGCCUCGCCAAACGGCCCUCCAAAGCCAUCCUCUGCCUCCACGGCGGGGGCGCAUCAGCCGACAUCUUCCGCUUCCAGACCUCGUCUCUGCGCGCCGCCCUGGCCCAGUACUACGACCUGCUCUACGCCUGCGCCCCGCACGUCGCCACGCCGGGCCCGGACGUGCUCCCCUUCUUCGCCGGCAUGGACCCCUUCUACAGCUGGUUCAGGGAGGUGCACGACGACCCCGCCGCCGAGGUCGCCACCUUCAACCAGUCCGUCCGCCGCAGCGUCGACGCCUACCUCGCCGCGAACCCGGGCAGCACCAUCGCCGGCGUCCUGGGCUUCAGCCAGGGCGCCGUCGCCAGCACCCUGCUCCUGUGGCAGCGGCAGGUCGCGCUCGUCACCUGGCUGCCCGACCUGCGCUUCGCCGUCCUGCUGUGCCCCGGCUACAGCGACGUCGCCACGCGCUACAUGCUCGACGUGUGCGCCGCCCAGGGCCGCGGCCCCGAGGAGGUUGUCGUCGCCUUGCCGACCCUGCACGUCCACGGCCGCCAGGAUACCGUCAACCUGCCGCAGAGCAGGCGCAUGUACGCCACGCACUACAAGGGCGCCCAGCUGUUGGAGUUUGACGGCGAGCACGAGGUGCCCAAGCGGGUGGGCGACGUCAAAAAGAUUGUCGACUAUGUCCUGCAGAUCCCCGUUUAG